AUGGCCAGGAGAAAGAAAUGCUUGAUUCUAGGAUUGCUUGCAUUUUUAGUGGCUGGCUUGGGCGUUGAAAGCAAAGAAGAGAACGACGAACAGACCUGUCGGUUGCUGGGCAAGUUUGAUUUGAAUGGGUAUGUAGAUGCCAAAAACCACACGCUUGUUAUUGGAGGACUGUUUCCUAUCCACUCCAGGGUCAUCCCAGCAAACGAGUCUGUUUGGGAGCCAGUAUCAGCAAAAUGUGAAGGAUUUAACUUCUGGGGAUUCCGCUGGAUGAAAACCAUGAUCCACACCAUCAAGGAGAUUAAUAACAGGACAGAUAUUUUGCCCAACAUCACUCUGGGCUAUCAGAUCUUUGAUAACUGUUACACCAUCUCCAAAUCGAUGGAGGCAGCUUUGGUAUUCCUGACAGGGCAGGAGGAAAACAGGCCUAAUUUUAGAAACAGCACUGGAGCCCUUCUGGCAGGAGUUGUUGGAUCAGGCGGCUCGUCCCUAUCAGUCGCUGCUUCGAGACUUCUAGGGUUGUAUUAUAUCCCUCAGGUGGACUAUGCCUCUACUUGUUCAUAUCUUAGUGACAAAUACCAGUUUCCAUCUUACAUUCGCACAGUAGCCAGUGAUAAGUUCCAGUCAACAGCCAUGGUAAAACUUAUCCAACACUUUGGCUGGGUCUGGAUAGGCACUAUAGCAGCUGAUGAUGAUUAUGGAAAAUAUGGAGUAAAAGUUUUUAAGGAAAUACUGAAGGGUGCCAACCUCUGUAUUGCAUUCUCUGAAAUCAUUCCCAAAGUCUAUUCCAAUGAGAAAAUGCAAAAAGUUGUUAAUGCUCUAAAGAACUCCACUGCCAGGGUCAUUGUGCUUUACGUAUCUGAUAUUGACCUCAGUCCUUUUGUGCUGGAGAUAGUUUACCAUAACAUAACCGACAGAACAUGGAUAGCGAGCGAAGCCUGGAUCACCUCAACUCUCAUCGCAAAGCCAGAAUAUUUCCCAUACUUUGGUGGAAGUAUUGGAUUUGCAAUACCUAGAACUGAUAUACCAGGAUUAAAGGAGUUUCUUUAUGAUAUACAUCCUAGCAAGGAUCCAAAUGAUGUCCUGACCAUUGAAUUCUGGCAAACUGCUUUUCAUUGUACAUGGCCCAAUAGCAGUGUUCCGUACAAUAUCGACCACAGAGAGAAUAUGACAGGUAAAGAGGACAGAUUAUACGCCAUGUCUGAUAAAUUCUGCACUGGAGAGGAGAAGCUGGAGGAUCUUGAAAAUACCUACCUGGAUGUAUCUCAGCUAAGAAUUACAAACAACGUCAGACAAGCUGUGUAUGCCUUGGCUUAUGCCAUGUAUCAUUUAAGUAGAUGUGAAGAAGGAAAGGGGCCGUUUAUUCCAGGAGAGAGUUGUGCAUAUCUACCUGACUUUGAGCCCUGGCAGUUAAUGCACUAUUUGAAGACACUUAGGUUUACAACCCAUGAUGGAGUAAGAAUAGAAAUUGAUAAUAAUGGAGAUGUGACUGGAUACUAUGAUAUUCUAAAUUGGCAACUAAAUGAUGAUGGUGAGAUUGCCUUUGUGAAGGUUGGAGAAUUUAUAUUCACACAGUCUAAGUAUGAACUUGUGAUGGAAGAGAAUGCAAGAGUAUUUUGGAACACAGAGUCAUCAGAGCUUCCUUAUUCAGUGUGUACUGAUGUGUGUCUUCCUGGGACCCGGAAGGGGAUUCGUCAGGGAGAACCGAUAUGCUGCUUUGACUGCAUCCCAUGUGCAGAUGGACAUGUAUCACGGGAAGCAGGUCAAAGGGAGUGUGAUCAAUGUGGUGAAGACUAUUGGUCAAAUACACAAAAGAAUGAGUGUGUGCUGAAAGAGGUGGAAUUCCUUGCUUAUGAAGAGGCCUUGGGAUUCACACUUGUCAUCCUCUCUAUCUUUGGGGCACUUGUGGUCUUGGCAGUCACAGUUGUGUAUGUGAUAUACAGGGACAUGCCCCUUGUGAAUGCCAAUUUCCGGGAGCUGAGCUUUCUCAUUCAGGUUUCUCUUGUCAUCAUACUGCUGUCUUCCAUGCUUUUCAUUGGGAAGCCAUACAACUGGUCUUGCAUGGCCCGCCAAGUCACUCUAGCAUUUGGCUUUUCUCUUUGCCUCUCUUGCAUUCUAGGAAAGACUAUUUCAUUGUUUUUAGCUUACAGAAUUUCUAAAUCCAAAACCCGACUUACAUCCAUCCACCCCGUCUAUCGGAAAAUCAUAGCGCUAAUCUCUGUUCUAGUUGAGAUCUGCAUAUGCACAGCCUACUUGAUAUGGGAACCCCCAAGAGUGUACAAGAACAUGGAAUCACAAAAUAUAAAGAUCAUUCUGGAAUGCGAUGAAGGUUCCAUAGAAUUUUUAUGCACCAUAUUUGGGAUUGACGUCUUCCUGGCCUUGCUAUGCUUUCUUAUGACCUUUGUGGCUCGAUGGUUGCCAGAUAAUUACUAUGAAGAAAAAUGCAUCACCUUUGGGAUGUUAGCCUUUUUCAUUGUCUGGAUCUCUUUUGUCCCUGCUUACUUGAGCACCAAAGGCAAGUUCAAAGUGGCUGUAGAAAUAUUUGCCAUCUUGGCAUCCAGCUAUGGUUUGUUGGGUUGCAUAUUUGCUCCCAAGUGUUUCAUUAUUCUGCUGAGACCAAAGAGGAACACCGAUGAAACUGUUGGUAGAAGAGUCCCUACUGCAGAUAAGACCAACCAACUAACUUCAGCCUCCAUGAGCAGUGAGCUGAACAAUACCACAGUGUCGAACAUUGCUCUGGAUGACUAG